AUGUCCGCAGAGGAGAUCGAAGAUAUCUUUCUGGACCUCGCGCAGAAAUUUGGCUUCCAACGCGACUCCAUGCGUAACAUGUAUGACUUCUUGAUGACGUUGCUCGACUCUCGUGCAUCGCGCAUGUCGCCGAAUCAAGCUCUCAUAACCGUGCAUGCGGAUUACAUCGGAGGGCAUCAUGCCAAUUACCGCAAAUGGUAUUUCGCAGCGCAGCUCAACCUGGACGACGCAGUCGGACAAGCGCAGAAUCCGGGGUUGCAACGUCUCAAAAGCGUUAAAGGAAAGGUGCAAACAGCAGGUACCAAGUCACUUGACAAUGCUCUCAGUAGAUGGCGCAACGCGAUGCACAAUAUGAGCCAGUAUGAUCGCCUUCGGCAGGUCGCUCUCUACCUGUUGUGCUGGGCAGAAGCAGGCAAUGUCAGGUUCACGCCUGAGUGCUUAUGCUUCAUCUUCAAGUGCGCGGACGAUUACUACCGCAGCCCGGAAUGUCAGGGUAGGGUUGACCCCGUUCCGGAGGGUCUUUAUCUGGAGAGCAUUAUCAAGCCGAUCUAUCUGUUCAUGCGUGACCAGGGUUACGAAGUGGUCGAUGGGAAGUUUGUGAGGAGGGAAAGGGACCAUAACGAGAUCAUCGGCUAUGAUGACAUCAACCAGUUGUUUUGGUAUCCUGAAGGCCUUGCGAAGAUAAUCUUAGACGACAAUACGCGACUUCUUGAUAUCCCCCCGGCGCAACGUUUCAUGAAGCUUGGCAAAGUGGCUUGGAACAGAGUGUUUUUCAAGACGUUCUAUGAGAAGCGGUCCUUGGCGCAUCUUUUGAUCAACUUCAAUCGGAUAUGGAUUCUGCACAUUGCGGUGUACUUCUUCUACACUGCGUUCAACUCACCGGCGGUGUACACGGCAUCUGGCAAGAGUCGGCCAUCCGCAGCGAUGUCGUGGUCGGCUACAGCUCUCGGUGGUGCCGUUGCGACCUCCAUCAUGAUUGCCGCCACUUUGGCCGAGUUUUCUUUCACGCCUACGUCCUGGAAUAACGCAUCACAUCUGACAACUAGACUCUGCUUCUUGCUGAUCGUUCUCGCCCUGACUGGUGGUCCUACCAUCUACGUUGCUAUUGUGGAUGAUUCGGCAUCCAACAUCCCUCUCAUUGUCGGUAUCGUCCAGUUCUUUGUAUCCGUUGUGGCCACGAUGGCCUUCGGUAUCAUCCCCUCUGGCCGGAUGUUCGGUGAUCGCGUAGCAGGGAAAUCCCGGAAAUUCAUGGCAUCGCAGACUUUCACUGCAUCCUACCCCGAGUUGAAGACCAGUGCUCGCGCUGCUUCCAUCAUCAUCUGGCUCCUCGUCUUCGGAUGCAAGUAUUUCGAGUCUUACUUCUUCUUGACAUCAUCCUUCUCCAGUCCCAUAUCCACAAUGGCACGACGUAAAGUGUCAGGUUGCGACGACAAACUAUUCGGGACUGCCCUGUGUUCCAACCAGGUCAUUUUCUCGCUCGCUAUCAUGUACGUGAUGGACCUCGUGCUAUUCUUCCUGGACACGUACCUUUGGUACAUUGUCUGGGUUGUCGUGUUCAGUGUCUGUCGCUCCUUCUACCUUGGGCUUUCUAUCUGGACGCCAUGGAAGGAGGUGUACACCAGAAUGCCGAAGAGGAUAUAUGCGAAGCUGCUUGCUACCGGUGACAUGGAGGUGAAGUAUAAACCUAAGGUCCUUGUUUCGCAAGUCUGGAAUGCAAUCAUUAUUUCCAUGUAUCGCGAGCAUCUGCUGUCGAUUCAUCAUGUCCAGCGCCUUCUUUACCAUCAGGUGGAUGGUCCUGAUGGCCGACGUGUUCUCCGUGCACCGCCGUUCUUCACACAUAACACCGGAAACGAGAGUGACUUCUUCCCUGCGGGAGGAGAAGCGGAACGUCGGAUUUCGUUCUUUGCAUCAUCCCUGACGACCGCUUUCCCUGAUCCUCUCGCAGUCGAAUCCAUGCCUUCGUUCACUGUCCUUGUACCUCACUAUUCCGAGAAGAUCUUGCUCAGUUUGCGUGAGAUUAUCAGGGAAGAGGAUCAGAAUACUCGCGUUACGCUGCUCGAGUACCUGAAGCAGCUCCAUCCGGUGGAGUGGGAUAAUUUCGUCAAGGACACUAAGAUCCUCGCCGAGGAAAACUCCGCCACAAACUCUCUUGAUGGGCACGAAUCGAACGAAAAGCAUGAUAGCCGUACAGAUGAUCUUCCCUUCUACUGCAUCGGCUUCAAGACCGCGGCUCCAGAAUAUACUCUUCGUACGCGCAUUUGGGCCUCCUUGCGCGCGCAGACCCUCUAUCGCACAGUCUCCGGCAUGAUGAACUACUCGAAGGCCAUCAAGCUUCUGUACCGUGUCGAGAAUCCUCAAAUGGUGCAGCGGUUUGCCGGCAACACGGAUAGACUCGAGCAAGAGUUAGAGCGCAUGGCGAGACGAAAGUUCAAAUUCACGAUAUCCAUGCAGCGGUAUGCUAAGUUCAACAAGGAGGAGUUGGAGAACGCCGAAUUCCUGUUGCGCGCUUACCCCGACCUUCAGAUCGCCUAUCUUGACGAGGUGGCAGGGCCGAAGGGGUCGGAUCCGCGACUGUAUUCCGUACUUAUUGACGGCCAUUCUGAGAUCGAUGAAACCACGGGCAAAAGGAAACCCAAAUUCCGUAUAGAGCUCCCUGGAAACCCCAUUCUCGGUGACGGCAAGUCAGAUAACCAGAACCACGCCAUCAUCUUCUAUCGAGGCGAGUAUCUUCAGCUCAUCGAUGCCAACCAGGACAAUUAUCUGGAGGAAUGUAUCAAGAUUCGGAACAUUCUGGGCGAAUUUGAGGAAUAUUCCAUUUCUGGUCAAAGUCCUUAUGCUCAAUGGGGCCAUCAAGAGUUCAAAAAGUCGCCCGUUGCCAUCGUCGGUACUCGAGAGUAUAUUUUCUCGGAGAAUAUCGGUGUCUUAGGUGACAUCGCUGCUGGAAAAGAGCAGACAUUCGGUACCAUGACUCCUCGCGUCCUCGCAUGGAUCGGUGGCAAGUUGCACUAUGGACAUCCUGACUUUUUGAAUGCGACAUUCAUGGCGACUCGUGGUGGCGUAUCGAAAGCGCAAAAAGGUCUGCAUCUCAACGAGGAUAUCUUCGCCGGUAUGAAUGCUAUUGGCCGCGGUGGUCGCAUCAAACAUUCCGAGUACUACCAAUGUGGUAAAGGUCGUGACCUCGGCUUCGGUACUAUCCUCAACUUCCAGACCAAACUUGGAACGGGUAUGGGUGAGCAGAUGCUCAGUCGGGAGUAUUACUAUCUUGGAACCCAGCUCCCUCUCGAUCGUUUCCUAACGUUCUACUAUGGGCAUCCUGGAUUCCACAUCAACAACAUCCUUGUUAUGACUUCUGUUCAAAUCUUCAUGGUUGUCUUGCUAUAUAUCGGUACACUGAACAAGGAGCUUUUGAUUUGCAACCUGGAUGUGGAUGGGAACAUUAUUAGUGGACAAGGCAACUGUUACAAUCUCGUUCCUGUCUUCGAUUGGGUCAAGCGCUGCAUUCUAUCCAUCUUCAUCGUCUUCUUUAUUGCUUUCUUACCAUUGUUCCUGCAAGAGCUGCUUGAACGAGGGACUGGCAUGGCGUUGGUUCGUCUCGGAAAACAAUUUUUGUCUCUCUCUCCCAUCUUCGAAGUAUUCUCAACACGAAUCUACUCGCAGUCAAUUCUCAGCAACUUGACAUUUGGUGGUGCUCGCUACAUAGCGACCGGACGUGGUUUUGCGACUACUCGCAUUUCCUUCACCAUCCUCUACUCACGUUUCGCAGGGCCAAGCAUCUAUAUGGGCAUGCGCAACAUUCUUCUCCUCUUGUAUGCAACAAUGGCCCUCUGGACCCCAUAUCUGAUCUACUUCUGGUUCUCGGUGCUGUCACUCUGCAUCGCACCGUUCGUGUUCAACCCUCACCAGUUCAACUAUCCUGACUUCAUCAUUGAUUACCGGGAGUUCCUUCGCUGGAUGUCCCGAGGAAAUUCUCGGACCAAGGCCAGUAGUUGGUAUGGAUAUUGCCGGCUGUCGCGUACAAUGAUCACCGGCUACAAGAAGAAGAAACUCGGCCAUCCAUCGGAGAAGCUGUCUGGAGACGUACCCCGCGCGAGAUGGAGGACUGUCCUCUUGUCCGAGAUUAUAUGGCCCAUUUGUGUGGCGAUAAUCUUCGUGAAUGCGUACAUGUUUGUCAAGUCGUUCCCGACAGCGGGUGCGGAGAACCCAAGCCCCCUUAUCCGAAUUAUCGUCAUCUCAGUUGGGCCUGUUGUGUGGAACGCGGCCAUGCUGCUUGCACUAUUCUUUAUUUCCUUGUUCUUGGGUCCUGUGAUGGCCGGUUGGACCAAAUUUGCUUCCAUCAUGGCUGCCAUUGCGCAUUUCCUCGCUUUACUUGGUUUACUUGCGUUCUUCGAGUUCUUCUGGUUCCUGGAACUUUGGAAUGCCUCACACGCGGUCCUGGGAAUUAUAUCUAUCGUCGCUGUCCAGCGCGCUAUUCAGAAGAUUCUGAUCUCUGUCUUCCUGUCUCGUGAAUACAAGCACGACGAGACGAACCGCGCAUGGUGGUCCGGAAAAUGGUACGGUAGGGGUCUGGGCAGUUCCGCAUUCUCGCAGCCCGCGAGAGAGUUCAUUGUCAAGAUCGUGGAGAUGUCCCUCUGGAGCUCCGACUUCUUGUUGGGCCACAUAUUGCUCAUUGUCUUGACGCCGCCGACGCUGAUACCUUUCGUGGACAAGCUGCACUCGACGAUGAUGUUCUGGCUGCGACCAUCGAAGCAGAUUCGCCCACCGCUGUUCUCCACGAAGCAGAAGAGGCAGCGGCGCUGGAUUGUGUUUAAAUACACUCUCCUGUUCAUUGUCGUGGUGUCGUUGCUUGCGGCGAUGAUUGUUCUUCCUGUGGUGUUCCACGACCGUCUCACUCUGAGCUGUUCGAUCUGCCAGAACAUUUAG